AUGGCUUUGAACAAAUCUAAUAUUGCGGCAGGAGAUCCGUUACAAAUUCAUGCCUCAGAUCAUCCAGGUAUGAUCUUAGUCUCUACUCCAUUAACUGGUCUCAAUUAUAGAUCGUGGAGUAGAGGAAUACAAAUUGCCCUAGGCGCUAAGAACAAGCUAGGGUUUGUAAAUGGGGAAAUUCUGAUUCUGGAUGAAAAUAGCGAGGAGUUUAAUCUCUGGAAGAGGUACGAUUAUAUGGUUACCUCUUGGUUGUUAAAUUUGAUUUCUAAGGAUCUUGUAGAUGCCUUCAUUUACACUAACAAUGCUAGACAACUUUGGCGUGAGAUAGAGGAGAGAUUUGGGGAAAGUAAUGGAGCACUUGUGUAUCAACUCCAACGCAAGAUAAGCUCUGUUAGUCAGGAUAAUUUUUUUGUAUCUGUGUAUUAUACUCAACUCAAACGAUUAUGGGAUGAAUUGGCUACAGUAAAGCCUUUACCAAACUGCUCUUGUGGUGCCUCUAAGGCUGUAUCUGAAUUUGCUGAAGAAAACAAGUUGAUGCAAUUCCUUAUGGGGCUGCAUGAUGGUUAUGAUUAG